AUGAUCAGCAAGGAGCACUUGGUCGGGGCGUUGUCGCAGCUAGGAGUUUCCGUCACCCGUAUGGAGCUGGAGGAGACCAUGAACCAUUACUCCACACAAGAUGCUUCCCGAGUGGAAAAUGCUCGAUGUCAAAUUCCGCACGCGGACCUCCUGCGGGACGCCGCGGCGGGGGCCCCGUCUCUGUUCGAGUGCGGGCAGUCCAUCACCGAGAGACUCAUGGGUUCUGCCCGAAGCCAAGGAAGUCUGCUAGGGAAGUCGAGGUCGGCCAAGGACGAAUCGCCCAUGAUCCGGGCUUUUCGCACCAAGCUUCAGCAGGUGAUCGACAAGCGGGUUAAGUACGCGGGCGGCUCGCCGAGUCGCAUCCUCAAAAGCCUCUUCCUGAACUGGGAUACGGAGCGCAUCGGUGCCUUGGACACCAAGCAGCUGCGCGGAGCCCUCCGGACGCUCAACAUGCGUCUUUCGGCCACUCAGGCCAAGGAACUGACCAGGUUCUACGCGAAGAAUGGCGACCCCGCCGCCGGCUGCGAUUGCAUGCAGCUCGUCGACGACGUGUGCGGGUACGAUCAGGGCCUGUUCGUUAACCAACUCCCGAAGGAGCAAACGGACAAGACGGGAGGCUGGGACGGUUCGGCGCCAGUAGUGGCAAGCGACGGGAAUCCCGGCAACAGCACCAGCGAGGGGUCAGACAGAAACCACGCGAGCCUUCAAUUCACGGCGAGGCCGCACGAAAAACCCUCAAACAGGGUCGUGGACCGCUUCAAGAUGAGACUAAGAGAUGCUCUGGAACAGACGAUAAAAACGAAGGGAGGUGUGAGCCACGCCAUAAUCCGGGAGGCGUUCCUGGACUGGGAUGCGGACGCAUCAGGGAAGCUGGAUCCACGGGAGCUUGUGGGGGCGCUGAAGCGGAUGGGGGUUUACGCUACCGAAGACGAGGCGAACGCUGUGGUUGAGUACUACGACCUCGACGGCACUGGGGAGAUGAGCUACGAGCUCUUGUGCAAGGAGAUCAAGACCAUGUCGCACCCGAUGCUGUCCUACAUCGAAGAGGUGGAUGUACUCAACGGGUUGGAUCGCACGGUCCGGGAGCCAGCGGUAGUCAAGAACGCGGUGGAACGUAUCAGGGUGGGGGUGACCGCUGCGGCGAAACGAGCGGCCGGGUCGGCCUCAACGUUACCCCUGAUAUCGCCUCGGGACUUGCUUGAAGGAACGAUAUUGCGGUUCGACCAUCAGGACAGUGGUCUGGUCGGCGUGGACGAGUUGCGGCAGGUGUGGAGAGAGCUAAAGAUUUGUCUCAGGACAUCCGAAACCAAGGCCGUCGUGGCCUGGCUCGAUCGGAGCACCGCCAAGAAGCUGCACACUUCAGACCUCUGCGACGCCGUUUUCGGCGUGAGUAGAUCAGGCCACGACUGCAACGGGAACUCGCCGCCCGGGCUUCUCGCGCCUAACAAUCUCGGGGAGAGACAUAGCAAGCCGAGGCCCAAGCCGCACGUCGUCCAAGCUCACCGUUCGGCCGCCUUGGCAAUGGGGGCGGCCAGCAGCGGCAGCAGCAGCGAGGACAGCGGCAGCAUCGCCUACCCGCCCCUCCCGUUGCCGUCCAAGAAAGACCGCCGAGAAGUAGCAGCAAAGAAAUUUGAUAGAAGGGCAGCGUGGAACUGGCAGGGCCCGGCUGCUGACGCCGUUGCCCAACGCGUAGAUCCUGGGGGCAAGAACGAAGGUAGCAACAAGCCUGUGGCCGGGGGUGGCGGCGGCUGGACCGGCGGGGACGGUGGCUCUGCGGCCAGUGGCGAGGCGGUCGUGGCGGAAAAGGCUAGGAUCGAAAAGCGGCUAAAGGAGCUCCGGCGGGAGAAGGCCUUGCUGCUACGGGAGAAGAACGGGAUGGAGUGCUGGGGGGAGCGGGGGAGGGGAUCAAACCCGUCCUACGUUCCCAUGAAUAAAUGCGCGGGCUGA